AUGUCAGAUGAGCUGAGCCCGGAUUUCUUGCCGCGAGGAGUCGUAGAUUUCUAUCUUCUGAUGGGGAGCUACUACAUGGAGGACUCACGUCGCUACUCUGGCUAUGACGAGUACGCGGGUAUUUUCGGUCCCCUUCAAGCUUCUUCGUCAUCCUCAUUUCGAUCUCGAGGUCGCGUCGCUCCACGCCGCCGUGGCUUCUCGGGCUCACGUUAUGCUGAUACCUUCUCGAAACCACACAAAGGUCGGGGGUCUGCAACGAGAGAAUUCAACGACCGCGCAAGGUUUUUAGCAAAGCGCAAGGUGAAGCGAGCUCUCGAACCUCUGGAAGGUGAUAGUGAUGGCGCCGACGACCUGGAGAAUAAGGAGAACGAGCCGACAAGUCCGACACAUGGCCUACAACGACAGGUUUGGCUUCCUACUCGUAAAUUUGCAUUCCGACAGCGCGCUGGGAAAUUGGAUACCCGCGCCAUUGCACGCCUAGAUCUGGAAAAAAUUGCAGCUUCUACAGAUAUUGAAACUAUCCAGAGACAUCUGGAAAAUCUAGCCUUUUCAGAUGUGACGCUGGAUGAUGUUCAGCAUUAUUCGGAUGCUUAUUUUCUAAAGCUGUUCCAGAUCGCACAGCUCACAUUGGAGUAUCUGAUGCACGUUCAAGAUUCGCUUGUGGAUCACUCGGAGGGACUAGAAAAGCAGUGUGAACAACUCUUGACAGAGUGUCAAGAGCUCGAAACGGAGAAUGGACAACACGAAACGGAGAUCGCAAGUUUAAAACGCGAGAUCCGACAGAAACAACGCACGAUGGCAACGUUAGAAUUAAUGCUGCUCAAUGCAUCGGCGUCUAGUCGGAUGAGUGCCUCUGCGAAGGAAAAUGCGUCCAAGGAAGCCAACGCUAUCGUUGAUGAACUCCUGGCUGACUCCACAGCGACAGAAGAAGGGUCAAUAGCAAAUGCAGCGGUGUCUUGUGUGUUGUGUGGAAAGCGGUUUUUAUCUGCGGAAUAUUUGCUCCGUCAUCAGCAGAGACGACAUCAAGACACAAAGAAGAAGAAGAAAAAAAAGAAGAGCUCUUCUAGCUCUAGUAGCGAUAGUGAUUCCAAGAAGAAGAAGAAGAAACCAGAGAAACCAGUUCCCUUACCCAAGGAGAUUCUUGAUGCACUCGAAGAAAAGAACCAGCUAGCCAAGCAACUCAUGGCAUUACAGGACCAAGUUCGUAUUGAUCAAGAGACGAGAGAGCGACAACGUCAACAGCUCGAGAACCAGCAACAGCAAAUGAACUCGAGAGUCGAAUUGUACAUGGAAAAACUGCAAACGACUCUAGUCGAGAUCGACAAGAAGCAGGAAGAUACCAAGCAAGAUCUACGUCAAUAUACUCACGAAGCUAUCAAUCGCCUUCAACUGGAAGCUGCCAAUGCAGAGCUCAUGCGUCUUCAGACACAGAAAGCCUCACGCGCUGGACGACUCGAGAACGACGACGACGAGGCGGCAAAAUCGGAAGCAAAAUGGUCCAAGAAGGUGGAGAAGAUGAUGGAUACAUUCUUACGAGCGCAAGCACAAAAGCAGCAGGAAAUCGACUCGUUAGAACAAGAGAGCAGCAAAUUGUGGGCAAAGUACAACAAGCUUAAGAAGAAGAAGCACCGUCCAGAACCAACGAUCCGACUGGAAGAUUUAACAGCGCUAGAAGCUGGACGGUUCGGUGUUGAUCGAGGAGAAGUGGAGCAGCCACAUGCACAUACACCAGCUGCGCGACUGGAAGACAAACGCAUCCAAACUGACGAAGAAGAAGAAGAAAAACGAGAAUCAAAAGUCGAGAUGCGCUGCGAAGAGGUCCAAACGGAAGCAGAGCCCAAAGUCGCGGCAGUUGUUGUCCGACGCAUUCGAAUGGAAGCUAGUACGCGUAGUAUUUCGCCACUUCCAGUUAAGAAAUCACCUGCUCCAGCGCCCAAGAAAGAGGUCGUUGUCAUUCCUCCCGUUUAUGAGGAAAAAGAGGCCAAGGCUGUUGAUCCACGAGCCAAAUUCCAGCAAGCAACGCAUGUUAUUGGGAAAGUGGCGCUGGGAUUCCUGACUCGUCGAGCGCUUCGGAAGACGUCGAAUUGGCAGAUCACGAUCGAAAUUUCUUCGCUAGAGACUGCGCUUACAGCUCCUGAACUGGAAUUCGUUCGUCAGCACUACGACAGUCGACUACGUGUCCACGUGGAGGAAACAAUGACGGCUAGCAAUCUACGCGUUACGAUCGCUAAAAUUCUGUCUGGCAAAGACGAAUUUAAUACCGAAAAUAACGACAGUGAAGACCUCGAAAUUACCGCAACCAUGACGUACCACCGCGUUCUACUGCACCAUAAGCAGAGCGGCGUCGAGUUAUCCGGUGACAUGCUGAUCCACAAGCUUCAGAACCUUAUCGAAGUGGAAAUUAUUCCUUAUCACGAAGUUGCAGCAAUGCAGGUUGGACAGGUGAUUGAAACUCAUGCAAGUGUUUCAAACCGCAUCGAGGAUAUCAAGCAGAAAAUGGGUCUCUCGAGUGUCGCACAGCGUCGAAUUCUACUGGUUACCGAGCGGUUACCGCCAGUGGCGAUAGUCGAGUAUAGUCGACGACAAGUAGAAGGGAAACAUGGAACGAAAACGCGAACUGCGGGUGCUGCUAGAAUCCACAGAUCGGUGCAAGUGGAGGUCGUGAGGAAGAGACUGAAGCGACUCGUUGCUGACGUUAGUGCUCAAAAAUCAAAACUUGAUAGCACGACGGAUAUUAACACGCCAGAGUACUCGGCAACUACCAAGCUGCUGUUGACCUCAUGGCUUUCCCCGGCACGAGAGAGUCAACCAGCGACUGACAAGUCUCUAGGCAGCUUCGACCCAAAUGAGAUCGAUCAGCUGGCCAACGCCUGUGAGUGA